CGUCUCGAGAGACACCGCCUUUGUCACCUCUAGGCCUGCACCGCUUUUAUCCCCUAUAGGCCUGUACCGUCUGUAUCACCUGUUUGCCUGCUUGUGUGUGAUCUAUUCUUUACUAGAAGAUAGCGACGAGUCGAGCUCGAACCCACCGCAGGUCUGCAGGGCGCUAAGGGUCCGCGGGCAGGAUACCCGGGCACGGGCAUCAGCCAAUCUCUGCGUGCGCGCGCGCGCGCGGGAGUAUGACUGUGGAUGCUUUCGGUCGGUAGAGCGUCUUCUGACCCCCGGUACCGGACCAGGACCGGUUCGUGGGUCUGCCAGGAAGGCACUUGGGUCGGACGUACUUUAGUUUCUCCAAGUGGGGUGAUCGGUGCUAUUUCCUUGGACGUGGUCGGGCAGUACCCGGUUCUGGUUUUGAUAACGGGGAAUGUAACAGGAGGCGCCACAUGUUUAUAACCGCCUACCGGAAUGUCUCCUACCGCCCGUCGGAAUCUGUUCCGGUAACGAGCGGCGGUGACGCGCUGGUGUGAACAAACAGAAACACAAGAGCGAGAGAGACACAUCGAGGGUCCCGAUUCUACUGUCUGCAGGUCAGAUGUUUCUUCCCACCGCUUCGCUCGCCGCUCUGAUUGGCUGGCUGAGUCUGGGCUUCCUGUCGGCCGACUGGACCACCGGGAACCGGGUGGAGGAGGAGGGGGAGGGGCCCCAGAACGACCAGGGGACCCCCCACCCCAAGAAACCCCCCCACAUCAUCUUCAUACUCACCGAUGACCAGGGGUACAACGACAUCGGCUACCACAACCCGUCCAUCAGGACCCCCACUCUGGACCGGCUGGCAGCCGAGGGGGUCCGCCUGGAGAAUUACUACGUCCAGCCCAUCUGCACCCCCUCACGCAGCCAGCUGCUGACCGGGAGGUACCAGAUCCACACUGGCCUCCAGCACUCCAUCAUCCGGCCCCGCCAGCCCAGCUGCCUGCCCCCCCACCUCAGCACCCUGCCCCAGCGGCUGCAGCAGGCCGGCUACGCCACACACAUGCUGGGCAAGUGGCACCUGGGCUUCUACAGAAAGGCAUGUCUUCCGACCAGAAAAGGUUUCGACACUUUCUUCGGAUCGCUAACUGGAAGUGUAGAUUACUACAGCUACGGGUCAUGUGACGGCCCUGGACUGUGUGGUUAUGAUCUCCAUGACAACGAGGGCGUGGCCUGGGGCCAGCAGGGCCGCUACUCCACCCUGCUCUACACCCAGAGGGCCCGCAAGAUCCUGGAGGCCCACGACCCCGCGACCCGGCCCCUCUUCCUGUUGCUCUCCCUGCAGGCGGUGCACACGCCCCUGCAGCCCCCCAAGUCCUACAUCUACCCGUACCGCCACAUGUUCAACGUGGCGCGCCGCAAGUACGCGGCCAUGGUGUCGACGGUGGACGAGGCGGUGCAUAACAUCACCUACGCCCUCCGCAAGCUGGGCUACUACCGCAACUCCGUCAUCGUGUUCUCCACCGACAACGGCGCCCAGCCCUUCACCGGGGGCAGCAACUGGCCGCUCAGGGGCCGCAAGGGGACCUACUGGGAGGGCGGGGUGCGGGGCGUGGCCUUCGUCCACAGCCCCCUGCUGAAGCGCCGGAGGCGGGUCUCCAAGGCUCUGCUCCACAUCACCGACUGGUACCCCACGCUGCUGGGCCUGGCCGGGGGCAACGUCAGCCAGUCAGAGGUUCUGGAUGGUUUCGACGUCUGGCCGACCCUGAGUGAAGGGAAGCCGUCUCCUCGCCACGAGAUCCUCCACAACAUCGACCCGCUGCACACCCCCCACAGCCCCCCAUCGCAUACUCUGACCUUUGACACGGCUCCUAAAGGAACCCCGAGGCAGGGGGGCCGCCUCAACGCCACCAAGCCCACCAAGAAGAAGAAGAAGAAGAGGAAGAAGAAGAAGCCCCCCAAACCGCCGGCCAAACCUGUCUCCAGGCGCGGGGGGCUCUCCCGGGACGCCCGGGGGAGCAGACAGCCCACCAGGAAACACAAGUCCAAGAUACAGGGGGGGUCCAAGGCCCGGAGGUACCCCCUGCUCCGGGACUCCCCCGACGAACAGAACUACCUGACCUCCGGAGGGACUGAGAGCGGGUUCCUCCAGGGGUCCCGGUCCAGACGCCCCCCCAGGACUAGGUCUAAGAUUCACACCAGAUCCCGUGCGACCGGACACCACUACCAGGGCGACACGCAGCCGGGACCUACCCCGGCCACAUCCCAUAAUAACACCAACGACACGCCCGUCACCGGGCAGCCACCGGGCGCCACGGCAACACCCCAGUGGUCGCAGCACAUCUUUGACACCAACGUCCAGGCGGCCAUCCGGGUCGGAGACUGGAAGCUGCUGACCGGAGACCCGGGCCAUGGAGACUGGGUUCCUCCUCAGAUGCUGAGCAGUCUGCCUGGGCCCUGGUGGACCUUGGAGAGGACCUCCACCUCCUCCUCCUCCUCUUCCUCCAAGGCGGCGGGCCACAAGAACGUCUGGCUGUUCAACAUCAGCGGCGACCCGUACGAACGCUGGGACCAGUCGGCCCAGCGACCCGACGUGGUGACGGCGCUGCUGGAGCGCCUGGCCUUCUACAACCGCACCGCCGUGCCCGUCUUCUUCCCCCCCGACGACCCCCGCGCCGACCCCGCGCUGCACGGCGGCGCCUGGGUGCCCUGGGUGGAGGAGGACGAGGGCCGCGGGGUGGAGGAGGAGCAGGAGCUGUACCGGGGCGUGUACAAGCAGCGCCGCAGGAAGAAGCAGAAGACCAUGAUGAGGCAAAAGCAGAUGAGCAAGCUGAACUCGUACGUCCUGAAGCUCAACAACCAGCUGACCUCCAGCCUGGUCUGAGCUCCAGCCUGGUCUGACAUACAGUCUGGUGUGUGGUCUAAGGUCACGUCUGGUCUGGUUUGACCUCCAGUCGGGUCUGACGUCGGAUCUGACGUCCGGUCUGAUGUCAAGUCAGGUCUGGUCUGACGUCUGGUCUGGUCUGACCCCCAGUGAUUAGGAGCCCUCUGGGAUCCCGACCCCCCCAGGUCCAGUCAAGAUCCACUCGAUAGCCCGCGGCCUGAGCGCUAGAGACAGGGCUCAGCUGAAAUUCACUUUUUACGUGAAAAGAAGGGAAAUAAGACUUGGGGGGGAAUGACGAAAUGGAAACUUUGCUUCUUAACGACACUGAUUCAAAGUAUGUGAUAUCCAUUAUAUUUGUUGUUUAUAACAAUGAUAUUUUUUGGUAUGCAACAAGAGUUCCCCGUUUGUCACAAAUAAGAUCAAAGAUGAGACGAGACAUGACGAGAUCGGACGACAGCCAAUAAGAAGCAUAACAGGGAGUGAUGUCAGAGGCGAUGGUGUGUAAAGGGAGGCACCUUGUACGAGGUUGUGCUAGUUUGUUAGGGCUGGAUUUCUCACUACAGGAAACUGUUUCCACACUGCAUUUUAUUCACUUUAUUACCAAGAUUCUCCAUUACAUUUGAUUCACAUUUCUGUUUAAUGCCUCUUUACACAAGUAGCACUUUGUGACUGUUUGAUAUGUUCACUGUACUUAAUCAUCUUUGAAUUUUUUAACUCAGUUCAAUGAUCCUCAGUCAACUAGCGGCCAUCUUUGUACUAGACCUCCACCUGGUUAGCAUUCAGGACCGAGAUGGCUGACUGGUGAAGAAGCCACAUCGGCUUCUUCACCGAUGUGAAGAAGCCGGUGAAGAAGCCGAUGGGGAAAUUGGAAAUGUGCCUUUUGAUAGCGGUUUGGGUGUGUUAAAAUAUACUGUACUUACUUUUGGUAACAGAUUUUUGUCAAGGACAAGGACUUUCUUUUGAGGCCACUUUUUAUUCCACAUUUAUUUGUUCACCUUUGUACUGGAUUUUAUAUUUUCACGGACAAGGUGAACUAAAAUACAAAAGAUAUAUAUGUGAAAGACAUACUGGUUUAUUUUGGAAAUGGAUUGUUGCUAAUAA